AGGUCAACUGCAAUGUGCGUGGCACCAUGCCCUGCGUUUCUAUUCCGUUAUUAUUAACCCUUCGUUAACUUCUGAUAAUUCCCUUAUAGAAAUAAAUAAAAAUAAUAAUAAAACCUUGUAAGUGUAAUCACUGAUCAAUCAGAAAAAGAAGAAGAGGGGUGAGGGUAAGCAUGGAGCUAUGGAGCAAAGCUCGAAGCUUUGCAGAAGAAGCAGCGAAACGGUCUCAAGAACUGUCGUUGGGUGCUUCCAAGUUGAGCGACAUCAUAGCAGAAACCACGAAGGAGAUCGCGUCGCAAGCUUCCAAGCACCUGGACUUGGUCGAACCUUCUUCGAAAAGCGACGUCGAUCUCGAGCGUUUUGGCUUCACCGAUGAGUUGAGGGAGUUCGUCAAAGGGAUCACCAUCACUACCUUUGAGCAUUUUCCCCUUCAAGAUGAUACGGAAUUGUCUGAUGUUCCUUCAGUUUCAAAUGUUAGGCAGGAUCUAACCGAGUGGCAGGAAAAACAUGCCAAUCUUGUUCUUUCUACAGUCAAGGAGAUUUCAAGAUUGAGGUAUGAGCUGUGUCCUCGUGUCAUGAAAGAGAGGAAGUUUUGGAGAAUAUAUUUUAUAAUUAUGAAUAGUCAUAUUGCACCCUAUGAGAAUCAGUACAUGGAAGAUGCUAUACUAAAAUCAUCUGAACAAGUAGAAGAUGACAAAGUGAUGAUGGAACCGUUAAAAGUUGAAUUGACCUCUAUUCAACAAGUGCAGGAAGUGAAAAAAGAGACCAAAUCUUCAAAUUCAUCAACCGAGCAAGACUUGGAUGUAUUUCUUUUGAGAGAUAAAAACAGCGAUGAUGACCUAGAUGAUGGCAAUGAGGAAUAUGGUGAUGAUGAUUUGGACCAACUGGUGGAUAGUUCGGAUGAUGAGAAAGGGAAAUCAUAGAUGUUGCUUGAAAUUAUUGGCUGACAUUGAAUUAGUGGUAGCAACAUGACUGAGAAUAUUCAUGAUGAAAUGAGGCUUAACUUAUUGAUGUGACACAUACGGUGGCUGAGCUGUUCCAUGAUGCUUACAUUUAUUCUUUCAACCCCUUUCGUGCCCCCUUAUUUCAUGUGUUUAAUUGUUUCUCCAUGUUGAGGUAAAGAAAGUUGGGUUUGUGAUUAUAUAGAAUGUUUGUAUUUUUUGUCUAGUUUCGUUAAUUUUUUAAACUUCUUUUCUUCGUGUGUAAAAUACGUAUUAAAUGUACUGGAUUGGGAUAGGGAACCCAAACCACUUGAUACAUUGAUGUGUAAUCCAAGUUUGGGUUCCAAACUUGGUUUUAAUCUCAUCAAUGUGAAAAUAUAUUAUU